AUGAGAGCCUUUACUGUACAUGCGUCGAGACUACUCGCCGUUUUCCUUUUUCUCUCACAGUUCCGUAUUCCCAGCGCCCAGAAUCUUGGUACCUUGCCUACUCCCGUGACACGGCUGCCUCAGCGCAAUGUCGACCACCAUGGCGAUGAUUUCGAUAAACGGGCUGAUAUCCAGACAAGAAUGUCUACCUGUGGCUUUCAAGAUGGCGACCCCAGCAAGAUGCGCACUGCCGACCCGGGAUUCGACUGUCGAGUCGACACGAUGAACGGCCUUUGGGGCUUCUGUCCAGUCACGGUGAUAGCAGCUACCGAUUGCGGCUUGGCUGGAAGCUGUGUUGACCAAGCAUCAUGCUCGAGUGGAUGCGGGCAAUUUGACAUGAACCAGUUGACUACAUUUACUUGUGGGCCAAAACAGUUCUGCUCUACCGCCCUCUUGACUUUUGGAGUCGAUCAAACAUAUACCUAUAUUGCUUGCGGAGGCAGUCCCAAGACAGAUCAUUAUCUUGCGUCCCCCACCUCGCAGCCAUCUUCAACAACAACGACGAGUGCGAAGCAGACGAGCACAGCUCCGGUUUCAUCAUCGCUCAAGCCAACAAAUGCAUCUCCUGGUAGCACAUCAGAGCCAUCAAGGCCCUCAACAACUGGAUCGCUUGCAAAAGAAACCAGUGGUAACAGUGGAAGUAACGACAGCGAUGGCUCUUCUACAAACAAUACUGGGGCAAUCAUUGGUGGCGUCAUCGGCGGUAUUGCUUUGUUAUGUUUCUCUGGCAUUGCUGCCAUUUUGCUUUUGCGGAGGUCCCGAUCACGUCCUCGCCAGACGCGGAUGACUGGCGCGCAAGGAGAAGAACAUGAGGCUUGGUAUCAUCUUAGCCCCAAAACCAAAAGCGACCAUCGUUUCACGGGCGGCUGGGGGCCUAGAGAAUUACCAAGCUCAUCGUAUAACAGGACUUCUGUUCAUCCGGUAGAACUGCCCGGCUAA